ACUUUAUUCAUCUUUAAAAAGAAAAGAUUAGGGCGACGACAACGACGAUUGCGAUGUUUUACUCAAACUAAGAUUCGAUGAGCUUUUCCGAUGAGGAUAGGGGAAAUCAAGUGGCUAUUACGAGGCGGGGAUGGAAGGAUCCAGUCAAGGACAGGGGAUUUGGAAAGUUACAAAGAGAAUUGAAGGGCGGGGAGGAUUCGGCAUUCUCGGAUCUUGAUUCAGAUCUGGAAAACAAGGGAUGCUUUUGUUUACGGAAACUUGUGGUACUAAAGGGUUGAGGAUCUAUUUGUUUAUGGGAAGAAUAAGGUCUUAGGGGUGAAAUAUCUUCAGCAAAUAAUCAGACAAGAGUCAGCUAAUUGGGAAGGAGGGGAGCCCCAAGGGUGCAGUUGGUAACAUGAACAUCAAGGGAAUGAAGAUCACGGUUCCACAUUUUGACAACACAGCCCUCAUCAAAGGAUAUGCAAGAACGCUGAUAGGGAGAUGCAUGAACCCGAAGCAACAAGACAUUAAGGCUUUGAUCAUCAUGCUUCCUAAAAUAUGGAAUAUGGAGGAGAGGGUGGUGGGAGCGGACCUGGGACUAGGCCGUUUUCAGUUUGAUUUUGAUGAGGAGGAAGACAUCGAGACAGUACUCAAAAUGCAGCCUUUUCAUUUUGAUUACUGGAUGCUCUCGUUGGUGAGUUGGCAGCCGGUUGGAGCAAUACACUAUCCCUCUGAUAUCAUUUUCUGGGUCCGUGUUUUGGGAGUUCCGUUACAGUUCUGGGCGGCUCCAUUGUUUGAGAGUAUAGGGAAUGAUCUGGGUGAAGUUAUGGAGGUCGAUUUGGAUACUGGUAGGAUAAGGGUGAGGAUUGACGGAUUUCAGAACUUAUGUUUUGAAACUACGGUGGAUCUCCGAGGUGGGGAGUUCUACGAAGGUGAAGAACUAACUGUAUCACUAAGAUAUGAGAAGCUCUUUGGGUAUUGCAGAACCUGCUUCAGCCUGUGCCACGACAUUCACAAGUGUCCAUUGGGUAAAGGAAGUGUAGAAGAAAAGAGUGAGAACCGAGAGGCCCAUACAGGACGACUUGAGGAACAUAGCUCCAGCUACAAAGGCGUGGUGAUUCAUGGGAAUGUGGACACCAAAGAGAAGGAGAUGGAGAGAAGAGGGUAUCAUGGAAAGGGGAAAGGAAAGAUGUACGAGGAGCCGGAUUCAAAAUGGGUUAAGGUGGGAGACAGAGAUAACAGGAGAUCAUAUGAUGGUCGUGGCAAACACAGAGGAUCAGAGGGGGGGUCAAGCAAAUAUGUAGCGAGAAGCUCGUUUAAGGAGGACCGCACACGAACUUUGCACCGUGGAGUACGGAGAGAAAGGAGCCCCAGAGAACAUGUUUAUUCAAGAGGUCGUCUGUUUGAGCGCAUGCAAGAAACAAACUCAGAGGCAAGGUCUACGGGGCCUGAAGAAGGUGAGCUCCAGAUGUCACACCAUGAGCCUAUCAAUGAGCUUCCUUUGGAGAUAGGGGAAUCUACGGAGGCAACUAAAGAUGGUAAGGAGAUUGAAAAGAUAGAGAACGGUUUAGAUUUGAUGAACAAGGUCCUAGGUAGGAGGAUGAUUUACUAGGAGAGAAUGAGUUACUAGAUGAGAAUGAGAUGGAUAUUGACGAGCAGGAAGCUUGAGCCAUUUUGGAUGAUAUUACUGAAGACGUUGCAAACGCUGAGGCUGAAAAUGAAGACGUUGGGGAAGAUUUCCAAGAGCUAACUGAUGGAGAGUUGGAGAAGGAGGCAGGAGACAAGGAAGAUGCACGGGAACAGGUUGCUGUGGAUGAGUCUGAGACACAGAUUGGACGUAAGGAGGAGGGGAAAAAUGAUGGGAAGAGGAAGCAGGAGAAGAAACCGGGGGCAAAGAAGCAGUUAUUCAAACAGGGAAUUGCAGCAGGUGGUACCAAGAAAAUACUGGUUCAGUCGCUCCUGUCUCCCCGCAAGAGAGGUGUGGCCAAGACUGCGUCCCGUCAAGGUGGAGAGGAAGUGAAGCAGGUGGAGGAGAGGGGCCCUUCAAACCCCAAUCCAAGCAAUACCAAACCUUAAUGUUUUAUGGAUCAAGUUCAAGAGGAGAAGAAACUCUGGUGGUGUUUGUUUACUUAUGGUUUUUUAAUAAGCUCUAUGAGCAGUGUUAGUUGUUUUUCUAUGGGUUUUUAUUUUGCUUUGAUUCAAUCUCUUUAUUUGUAUGAGUCUCGCUCUGCGUUUGUGUGGGUCGCUGAGAAUAAAAGGUUCUUUCUUUA